AUGUCGGGCUGGCUCUCAUACCCACUCCCGCCGCUCGACGGCUCGAGGGAAUUCACAUGCGAGAUGGACGGGUUCGCUGGCGCCAACUGCACAUACUAUCAGGAGAGAUGGCAUUUCUGGUACAUCGCAGACUGGGUCUAUGCCCUCCCCACCGUGGCCUUCUUCAUGUGCGCCAUCGGCAUUUUCAUCAUUGGAAACGCCAUCAACCAAAAGACCAUAGCCGCGACGAGGUACCUCUCCUAUAGGGGAUUCUACAUGCCGGGUUUGAGGUGGAACUCUGCACCCAUUGGACUGCUGUUGCUUGCGCUCAUUGGGACUCUCUACUUCUUCCUCAUGGAUCUCGUUCCACAACCCUACUACUGGCCUGACCUCAGCUGGGGAAACUCGCCGCCUUUGGGCACGAGAUCAGGCUGGUUGUCUCUUGCUUGCAUGCCAUUCGUCUUCGCAACGGCAAGCAAAGCCAACUGGAUCACCCUCCUCACUGGCGUAUCCCACGAGAGACUCCAGACUUUUCACCGCUGGACCGCGUACGCGUUCUUCGUGCUGGCGCUUAUGCACACCUUUCCCUUCAUUGUAUUCCAUAUCAACAACCACGAUAUGGUGAUGCAGGUCACUACGAUGAAUACAUUCGAGUACUGGACGGGAAUCGUAGCUAUCAUCUUCCAGGCUUGGCUCACCGUGGCUUCGCAUAGCUUCUUUAGAAAAAUGGGUUACGAAGUCUUCAAGUUCUCACACUUCUUCUCAAUCGUUGUCUUUGUGGUCAUCUUCUUUUGGCACUGCAACGCAACUCUGACAUCCUGGAAUUACUUCGUCGCUACGGCAGCCGUUUACGUCCCCUGUAUCGUCUACUCCUGGCUGCGUACCGUCUUCGAGUACGGCGGCUGGCAAGAAGCUCAAGUCACAGUCGAGGAUAACGACUUCAUCCGCGUCGGCAUUCCCGCCAACUUCCACUGGAUGCCGGGGCAGCACUGCUUCCUUCGCUUCGGACGCUUCGGGUUGCGAGUGUUGUCAUCUCAUCCGUUUACGAUCUGCUCGCUUCCAGCUCAAGCGCCAGAAGAUCCAUCCAAGAUUACAUUCUACCUUCGUCCUCGGCGUGGUUUCACGAAUAGACUGUACAAGUAUGCAAGUGGUCGGCCUGGUGUGACUCUCCCGGUUCUCGUUGAUGGUCCAUACGGAGGCAUCGAUAUCCAGAAGUUGCUCCAGAGCGAUCGUAGCGUUCUCGUUGCUGGAGGAUCCGGGGCCGGAUGGGCUCUGCCACUGAUCGAACUCUUCGCUCGAAAACAUGUCUCAGCCGCUGGGCUUGGCGGCAUCGUCGAUGGCAUGGACGAGAAGCCUGCUCAAGAUACGGCAAUGGCGACUGGCCUGAAAUCUCUUCGAGUCAUCCUAGCGACAAGAGACACCGCAACGAGAGUAUGGUUCCGCAAAACCGUCGACGAACUCCUCCACCAGUACCCCUUAAUGCACGCCUCACCCGCCUUCGACCUCGAAGUCUACCUAACAGGAGAAGCGGAGCAACAGAAAGACUCUCCGGAAGUUUUGAAACAUCUCGAACAAGUAGCAGCCUCCGAAGCAGAGGCAUCUUCGUCGUCGGACGACGAUUGCAAUCCGAAGCACCAGCAGGAGGUUGCUGGUGACGAGGCACGCGGCAGACCCAAUGUCCCAAGUAUCGUGCGGGAGGAAGUCGCGAAAGCUGCGGCGGUGGGGAAAAGCCUUGGGUUUUAUGUUUGUGGUCCGGAUACGAUGCAGAACGAUGCUCGCAACGCGGCUGCCAAGGCGAAUCUCGGUGUCAUGAAGCAGGGGACGGGAGGUGUUUACCUUCAUCUUGAGCACUUUUCUUGGGCGUAG